UCCCGACGCUCUGGUCGCCGAGAAGCACGAUCUUCGUGCGCUUUGGCGGGGAGGAGGAGAAGUCGGCAGUCGCAGGCGAGUCCAUCGCGGAGGGCGUAGAGAGCGGGAGGUAAGGAGCACGAGGCGAGACGGCGGCGGCGCGACGAGCGGGAGAGGAGGCAAGCGUGCCGCACCGUGCGAAUGGCGAUCCCGCCGGGCCGGAUAGCCGUCCUCCCGGCGCAAGCCAAAGUGGUUGUUCCCCUUGUUCCCGCCCAUCAUGAAGCUCGCGGACAAAAUCAAGCAGCACAAGGGGCCGCACCCGUUCUUCACCUUCGAGUUCUUCCCUCCGAGGACGGACCAAGGUUUUGAGAACUUGGUGCCCCGAAUAUGUCGCCUGGCCGAGCUGGAUCCGCUCGCGAUCAGCAUCACCUGGGGAGCAGGGGGGUCUACCAAGGAGCGCACACUGGAGCUUGCUGGUGUCACGCAGGAGCAGAAUGGCCUUGACACUGUCAUGCACCUCACCUGCACGAACAUGAAGGUCGGCAUGGUGGAUGAGGCGCUUGCGGCAGCCAAAGAACGCGGCAUUGAGAGCAUCCUCGCGCUGCGCGGCGAUCCUCCAAGGGGGCAAGAAGAGUGGACGCCCAUCGACCCGCGGUUCCAGCACGGGAUUGACCUUGUGAAGUACAUCCGCAGCUCGCCAUACGCGCAGACAUUCUCUGUGGGCGUUGCAGCGUACCCUGAUGGGCAUACGGAGCGACUGAACGACGAAGACACGGAAAUCGGCUUUUUGAAGCAGUCGGUUGACGCUGGUGCCGAUUUCAUUAUCACGCAGCUCUUUUACGACGUCGACAACUUCGUACGAUGGGUCAAGAAGGUUAGGGAAGCCGGUAUCUCGGUCCCCAUCAUCCCUUCUGUUAUGCCUAUCCAAACGUAUGCCACCUUCAUUCGUCUGACCAAGCUCUGCGGCUCGCGCGUUCCCGAAUCCAUCAUGACCGCCCUCGAGCCUAUCAAGAGUGACGACCGCUUAGUCAAAGACUACGGCGUCGAGCUCGCCGUCGAAAUGGUGCGCCGCAUCACGACAGAAGCAGGCAUCCCCGGCAUCCACCUCUGCACGCUCAACCUCGAGAAGAGCGUGACACGCGUGCUCGAGAUCCUGAAAUGGACACCGGCACACGCCGCUGCUGCUGCCUCUGCCCAACCCUCCAUCACUGGCCACAACAGCCUCAUCGCCGACGGCCCCGCCUCCACCGUUGUGCACCCGCCCCCACAGCUCGACGCCGCCGACCUCGUCCUUACACCAGGCGCCGCGACGGACAAGGCGACGCACGGGCUGAAGGACAUCCCGGCCGUGGGCGCGCCCGCGGGCAGCGGCGAGCUGAACAACGCGGCGUCGUGGGACGACUUCCCGAACGGGCGCUUUGGAGAUGUGAAGAGUCCCGCUUACGGCGAGCUGGGGCCCUGGGGGAGCUUUGGGCAGGCAUACACAAACGCGCUGUCAUCGACUAGCGCAGGUAAUCCGACUACGCUCGACGAGCUUACCAAGAUCUUCGUGGACUACCUCGAGGGCAAGAUUCCGACGACGCCGUUCUCGCCCACGGCGCUGUCGCCGGAGUCGAAGAUCAUCUUGCCGGAGCUGAGGGAGCUGACGGCGAGAGGGUGGUGGACGGUAGGCUCGCAACCUGCCGUGGAUGGCGUGAGCUCGGCGGACGAGGUCGUGGGAUGGGGUCCGCGGGCAGGAUACGUGUUCCAGAAGUGCUUCGUGGAGUUCUUCUGCGAGGAGGCGGACGUGGAACAAGUGUCGCGCGCGGUGGAGGCGAAUGGGUAUGGUUGGGUGGACUGGUUCGCGGGAAACUACCAGGGUGACCUGCGAGGAAACGUCCCCGAAGGUGGCAGAAACGCGGUGACGUGGGGUGUCUUCCCCGGACAAGAGAUCGUGCAGACGACGAUUAUUGAGCGCGAGUCGUUCUGCUCUUGGAAGGAGGAAGCCUUCGACAUUUGGUCCGACUGGGCCGGCUUUUACCGCCCCGGGUCAGAGGAGCGCAAGCUCCUCGAGAACGUGCGCGACACUCGUUGGUUGGUGAGCAUCGUGCACCACGACUAUAAGGACCCAGACGCGCUGUGGAAGUUCUUGAGAGGGGUUGGAACGGAGGAUGUUUGUUAGAAGGUAGAUGAAGUCAAAGGGUAGGGGUUUGGAGGCGGGGGGCAUGAACAGAGAACGGCAAGGCCGAUUUCUUUGGAAUGUAGUUGCCACAAUAUAACCUGUAGCGAUAGUCAAGAUAGUGUCCUCAUCACGCCUUGGUUGCACCGGAAAAUCACUGACGUUGGAUGCGAGUGAGAGCCCUCUGCAAACCACUUGCGCAGCUCCCGUG